AUGGAGCCUGCAAGUUGUAGUGAAGAUGAGUUUUAUGAUGCCUGCGAAACCGAAGACCAAAUAGCUCUCUAUCAACGAUCAGCCACAAUGCAAUAUAACCCUGAGCCAAUUCCUUUAAAAUCAAAUUUUUUAGGCUUUUUUAUAGCAAAUAUGCGUUAUAUUUUAAUAAAAAAGCCAAAAAGCUUAUUAUUUAGAAAGAGUAUAACAAUUUCAGUUGAAAAUCCUCCAAGUAAUUUAUUGCGAUCUUAUACCGAAGCAAUUUUCCCUAUCUCAAAUCCUUCUCCUACUGAAGAGCUCCCAGUAAUUAUCGAAAAUCCAAAGCCUCAGUCUAUUGUCCUAAUUGAUUAUAAUGUUGAAUAUGAUUGCUAAGAUUAGUUAGGCAUUUGAGGUGCAUGAUGCCUCUCCCUAAUGAAAAGGGACUAAGCCUAAAGCUAGUGAUGUCACGUGCAUUCUUCACACAAAAAUGGUAACCAUAUGGGGAGACUUUCCUAAACAACGAGCCGCCAGCGGCUGCACUUCUCACCCGCAUGCUACCGUCGUUCUUGCCUUGAUUUAGCUCCUACGCUAUGGAUCACUCCUCAGAUAUGCUAAGUAGUAAAACCUUGAGCAUUUUGAUUACUGAGAAGCAAUUCCUCUUGCCCUCUAUGGUCAGAUUUAAACCGCUGUUGUUGUACAGAAGUUCUCUCACUCCCCCCUCCUUUAAAUUGGAACAAAAUAUCGGGUAAAAUUUCCACUUUUUUGGUAAAUUAACCCCCCUUUAAAUUGGAACAAAAUUUAAUUUUAUAAUAAAAAAAUUAUAUAUAAUUUUUAUCUAAAAAGAUUUAAUAUAAAUUAAAUGUUUCUUAUUAACUAAAAUUAAAAAUUUAGUUAUAUCUUGCUCUUUUUUAAAGAUAAAAGUAUAAAGAGCAUCUUAUUUAAAUAAAUUUAUUAUCCUUGAUUGUAAAUUUUAAAAAAAUUUUUGUUUUUUUUGAUAAAAAUGAUAUUUUUUAUUUAAAUAGUUUUGAUAUAAAUUCAAUAGGAAUUCUUUAUAAAAUUUUAAAAUUUACUUAUUUCUUGCUUUAUUUUAAAGAAUAGAGUAUAAAUAAACAUCUUAUUUAAACAAAAUUAGCACUUUGAUCGAUAAAUUUUCUAAAAUUAUUUUUUUUUAAUUUUUUUUAUCAAUCAAAAUAAUAAUUUUUUGUGUAAAUAAUUUUGAUACCAAUUAAUAGUGGCGUAUUAACUAAUAAAUGAAAAUUUAGUUAUAUCUUGCUUUUUUUUAAAGGAUAAAGAGUAAAUAGCGUUUUAUUAAACAAAAUUAUUAAUCUAAUUCGAUAAGUUUUGGAAAUUUUUUUUUUUAAAUUUUUAUAUAUUUUUAUAAAAAAUUUUAUAUUGAUAUUUUUUUUAAAAAAUAAAAAUUAACCCCCCUUUAAAAUUGGAACAAAAUUUUUAGUUCCAAUUUAAAGGGGGGGGGGAGUCAGGAAACCCAAACCAAUUCAGAGGUAGAGAAAAUCAUCAAUGCUAAUUUCUCUCUAACCAAAUUCCAUUCUAUUUAUUAUAAAGUUUAAUACAAAGUAUUAAUCAUAUAGACAACAAAAAAAGACUCUCUUGAAUUCAAUAACCUCCAGUUUUUACAAGAAAUCGAUCUUCCCCACAAAGAAAGCAAUAUAAUUUGUGUCGCAAAAUUCAGCCUUGACUCACGAAUGUUCGCAGUUGCUGGGAGUAAUGGUAAAAUAAUGAUUUUUGACAUUAAUUCUUCAGCAGAUGGGAUUCUAAGCAAUGACCCUUCACAUAUUUUGACUGAGCAUGCAGGCCCAGUUACUGACAUAAGUUGAGGAAAAGAGAACAAUCUAUUAUCGUCUUCUGCUGACAAAACUGUAAAAAUGUGGGUGCAAGGCAGAUUAAACUCAAUGGAAACAGUCCAGCAUCCUUGUGAGGUAAAUUCUGUAUGCUAUAAUCCUAUGGAUUCCAAUUAUUUUGUGACUGCGACAAAAGAUAUGAUUAUCAGGCUUUUUAAGCUGCCGGAAAAAGUUAUAGAAGGAUUUUAUCAAGCCCCUGGAGAAAUAAGUUGCCUGUGCUAUUCUCCAUCAGGAGAAUUUUUAGCUGUAGGCGCAGAUAAAGGGCAAGUCUUAUUAUACCAAGGCAGGUUUGAUUAUAAGCUCCGGCUUGGGGCUACAUUGUUGUGCAGAAACCGCAGAGGCUUAAAAUCUGGAGGGAAAAGAGUCACUGGGCUAGAAUUCAUCGACAAUGACCACUUGUGUGUCACUACUAAUGAUUCUAAUAUCAGACUUUACCGCUAUAAAGAAAAUUUGUUAUUACAAAAAUUUAAAGGCACGGAAAAUAUUAAAUACCCUAUAAGAUCAAGCUUAUCUGAAGACGGAGAAUACCUCCUUUGUGGGUCAGAAAAAGGCAGAAUUUAUAUUUGAAAUACUAUGAAAUCAAGCGAAAUGCCAGGGAAAAAUAAUUUUUUUGAAAGUUUUUACCCCAGAAAGAAAAGGUGCACGGAAUAUGCUUUAUUUGCGCCGAGGAAAAUAGUGGAUUUAGUUCAAGCUGGCAUUGAGAAUGAUUUGCUUGAAAUUAAGCAUGUAAUUUUUACUGUGGGUUCGAAACAAAAUAUUAGAAUCUUUGUUAAUCAGAGAAGCUUGGAAAAUAAUUAA